UUGUUACUGAAAAAACACAGUCUCUGAAUCUCAACGUCCUCUUUUUACUUAAAUUUUCAAUCACUUCAAAUUAAUUUGCCCUCCCCCUCAGUCAAAAUUUAUUCAGUUGUUGUCACUUAUUCCAUCUUUUCGUCCUAGUGUCAUGAAAGUUAACUCCCAUCUCAUUCUCAUAGCAAUUCAAAGCACUUCAGUUCUCGGCUCACAUACCGCUCGCUACUAUCGCUAAAUGCAUGAUGGUAGAUGUCUUCCGGCAUAUUUUUACCUCAGUGCAUAACUUUUGGAGGGAAAAGCUCGUUACAUUUUCCCUUUCGCCGAAAAGGCCAAGGAGCUCUAUUGAGGAUGAUAUUUCAAACGAAGUGACCCAACCGAAAAGAUUAAAACUCAGUAAAGAAGCUGGUCGUUUAGAUGAUUGUCAUUUCACCCCUCAAGGAAGACAUCCACUGAGACCAAGGAGAACACUUUUAGAUGAAAAUACUCUCAAGAUGAGUCGGAUCAAUGAGCAAGGGAACAUCCUCCAAAGAGAGCAACGAGAGGCACAAGCACGUCAAAUCUUCCAAAGUAACCAUGGCAUAGCAACUGCUUCAACCAGUACAACUCUUUGGAAGACUUCAGUUCCUGCAUCUCUAAGCCCCAGAAGCUACCAGAUGUUGCACAAAGACUCCACGUCUAGACUUAAUUCGAGUCAAUCUGUUCGGAAUUUACAAGAGAAAAAUGCAUACAAUGACCUUUUAUCUUCAAUACUGCAAACAGGCCCAAUCAUGGAGGCUGUUUCCACCAUACCAAUGACUCAAGCAGGUAGUAAUACUUUAGUGAAAAACGUCGUCAAAUCCAAUGAAUUCUCUAUACUACCGAUGCUCAAGGGCACUGCCAGUAGAAAAGAUAAGCGUGCAUUAACAAGAAGAUCAGACCUCAAUUUGGCUGCAACAAUUGAUCUAACAAAAGAUGAUGAUCCCUCAGAAGACAUCUCUGUAGAAUUUGAAAAAAUUAAAACCCGAACUCCUCGAUGUAACAGUUUUGAGUCAGCUUUGAAACGAGAAGCAUGGAGCGAUCCAAUUUUUUGCAAAUCUAUGAUCGAUUCUUGGCGAGAAAAUAAUAUCAGAAAGUUAAGUCAAAUCAAUUUAGAAGAGAAAAAGAAGAAAGUAUUGCAAGAAGUCAAUGGAAAAGUAGAUGAUCAACAUGUCACCAAAAGACUUAAGGACAUCCUCAGCCUCAAAGAAGCGAUCAUUGAUGAACCUGAAAUUGAAGAGAUCCCGGCAUUACCAGAACUCACCCCCGAAAUGGAGGAGAAAGUUGAAAAGGCGUGGGCAUGCAGAAAUCCUGGUCAAGUUUUUUCAGAAGCUUUCGGUCUAAGAAUAACGCAAAGAGAUCUUAUCACGCUCGCCCGGUUGAAUUGGCUGAAUGAUGAGGUAAUAAAUUUUUACAUGAAUUUAUUAAUGGAACGGAAUAAGCUCGGAAGGUAUCCAAAAGUUUAUGCUUUCAAUACGUUUUUCUAUCCGAAAUUAGUCAAUAGUGGUCAUGCAUCUCUGAAACGCUGGACAAAAAAAGUUGACAUCUUCAGCCAUGAUCUGAUAGUUGUACCUGUUCACUUAGGUGUGCAUUGGUGCAUGAGUAUCAUUGAUUUUAGAAAGAAAGCAAUAAAUUACUAUGAUAGUAUGGGUCAUCCAAAUCAAAAGUGCCUUUCUAGUUUACUUACAUACCUACGAGAUGAAAGUAUGGACAAGAAAAAGGUUGAAUUCGAUGCCUCCGGUUGGACGCUUGCUUGUAUUUCGGACAUUCCCAUGCAAAUGAAUGGUUCAGAUUGCGGAAUGUUCGCGUGCAUGUUUGCUGAGUAUCUUACACGUGAUGUUUCCAUCACCUUUAGUCAAGAAAAUAUGCCGUAUUUUAGGAAGAAAAUGGCUUACGAAAUCCUCACGAAACAACUCCUGGAAUUUAAGUGAGAAAUUUUGUUAACAAAAACUGACAGUUCAUCUGCAAGCAAAAUGUUACAGAAAUCUUGAUACCAAAAAGCGCACCUUGCAGAAUGCAGCCAUUUGGUGUUUUUUUAUACAGGGUACAAAUAGCUAAAGCCAUAAAUAUUUUUAUUUUUAAAAAAGUCUGUUUUAAGAUUAUGUAAUUUCUAAAGGUAACUAAUUUGUUGAGUUCCGUUAUUGCAGAAGCUAAAGAUUUGCUGACCAGCAAAUUUUUAGCUUCAAAAUCCUGCCUAAGUCCCCAGGUGUUUUAUAUCUUGUUGACACAUUUAGAGAAGAAAUAUGUAAAUCAAAUCAGUGCUUUUAAGAAGGACGGAAGUCCAUUUUUCAAAGUCGCUUUUUUUUUUUUGCAUUUUUGGGCUCUGGUUGUCUUUCCCAUAUUAUCCAAAAAAGCAGCAGAUGUCUGCUACUUGGAUCGUUAGCGACAGGUGCACAGGAAUGCAAAUUUUUUUGUUAAAAGAGUGUCAAAAAUGCAAAAAAAAAAAAAAGAGAGAGAAGAGAAAAAAAUUAAAAAAAGUGGACUUUCACGUUUUUUGAAAGCACUGAUCCAUUUAUUCAGGGGCACAAAUCAUUCUUCAUAAAAUCUUACAUUCAUUUAAUAUGUACAAAGAGAGAACGUUUUAAAAUAUUAAUUUUGAGGAGACAUGCAAGCUACAUUCCAUUUGCCAAUCGUUUAUGGAUUCUGAACAUGUAGAAUUUUUGUGAAGGAAAUCCUUGAGAUGAUAAUAUAACUAGUUUUAUGACAGAACUCGCAGCUCUUCAUAAAUUUAAUUACUUGAAUAAAAAUAAUUGCUUGCAGUCUCUCUCCAAAAUUUGAAGUUAUUGGAUCUGAAAUCCACUCAUUUAAUUUUAUUUGAUUAUUUCACCCAUCCUAAUUCUUGGCAACCAAGUCUAUAGUCUUUAAGUGUAUAAUAUAUGUAAAAAAUGUAUUAUUGGUAAAUAGUAUUAUUUUGAACUUGACAAAUCCAUUGACUUUCAAUAGCGUGCUGAUGUGCCCAUAUUUAUUUAUUACUGAGUAGGGCAAAAAUCAGCAAUGAAUUUCCCUCUAUAAUCUCUUGAAUGCAAAACUCAAACUCAUGCAUUAAUGCUGAAAAUUCAAAUGAAUUUAUACCCUGAUUAGCGGAUAAUUUGUGGAGAGGGCCGUGUUAGAUAUCAGUAAGAAUAUUGGAACCACCAAAAAAAACUGGUUAUCCAGGCCCUAUCCUGUCAUGGGUAUGAUAAGUCCAACUCUCUAAUAUCGCACGAAGUAGGUCAAUGGGUUAGAGCUGUAAAUAGAGAGGUUCUUCAAUAGUUCUUCAAGUAGUUUCUAAGGUAUAUUCUGUAUGUUUUGCAUUCUCAUUGCAAUCCUUCAUUUCUGUUUUUCUAGGGAUAUAAUUAUUUUUUCAGCAGCCAAAACUCUGUACAUAAAAUGUAUUCUGUUGUAUAAUAUCCUUUUUUUUCCAUCCAAAA